AUGACUUUCUUUCGCCUCACUGAGGUUCGCUUCCACAAGAGUCGGUUUCUUAGGAAACUCCGGCAUGAUUGGUUGUAUAAUCACCUUUUGAAUCACUGGCCAACCAUCACUCUUAUCUAUUCAUUGGUCAUCUGUAUUCUUGUCACGAUAGGAACCAACAAGAGAGUGGUUCACGAAGAUAUACCUCUCCAUCUAGAAUAUCCUGUAGAUUGUGGCAAGAUCAUGAAAGGGGAACCCGAAGAGUUGGAUCAUGUCCUCAAGCUUUAUGAAGAAGUUUCCGACAUAUCGGUGAAUGGACUUCUACCGAUCCCUUCGGACAGACGUGUACUGGCUUUUGCUACCAAUUGUCACUUCUUCAAACAACAGAGGAAAUAUCCGCGAAGGACUGCUUCGCACGAGGAAGAACAGUAUCCUUUAGCGUUUGUAAUAGUGAUUUACCGCAAUGCAGCGCAGGUGGAGAGGCUUUUGCGAGCGUUGUACCAACCGCAGAAUGUCUAUGCCAUUCACCCAGAUGCCAAAUCACCUCCCGAUUUCAUAAAAGCUAUCCGCAAAUUUGCAUCUUGUUUUGACAAUGUUUUUGUCUGUUCCACGCAUGAGGACGUUCAGUAUGGAAGACACUAG